GAAUGGAUGAAGCUCCAGCGCUGUCCACUGCUGAUCUGGAAGCCCUUUGGAGCCACUAUGACAAAGACGGUGAGACGGAAGCAUUGAAUUUGAAUGAACAUCUAUUGUUCGUUCUGAUUUGCUGCUCGUUCUCGUGUGUGGCAGGCUCCGGCGCGCUGGUUGGAGGACGCACGCAUUGUCAAGUGGGGUGCAAUGCAUUGUGUCUUCUCCUUGUGCUUGACUGUCAUUUAGAGUCCAGCAGAGGUGCGAGAGCUCAUUGUCAAGAUACAGCAGAAGGAGGGCCUGUCGGGCACACUCAACGACCACUACUUCGCCAAGGUCUUCAAGCUCUUGGAUCCCGACGGCAACAACUCAGUCGACAAAAGCGAGUUUUUUGGUCAGUUCAACAAGUUCUGGAAGCACAGAAGGAGGUACCUCACGGUGAGUAAGGGGAGAGACGGCACCGCUGCGUGUUCUGGAAUGAUCUGAUGGCGAUGGUCUUCAUGUCAGGGCGAGGAGGGAGGCACGAUGAAUCCUGCACCUGCGGCUGGUCCGGCAGAGACUGAUGCGCUGACCGAGAGCGAUCUGAAGGCGCUUUGGAAUGCGUAUUCGGGCGGCGAUGAGAAGAUGGUAACACACUGACGCGCCAACCUCCACACGAUUGGAUAUCGAUUCCCCUCCUCCACUUCUGUCUGUUGUAUAGGACCACGGAGAGGUGCGCAAGCUGGUGGAUCGCAUCAGGGUACAUACAAGCUGUUUAAGGCGAUGUGCUCCAUAGACUCACUUUGUCGAAAAACCGUGUUCUUGCAGGAGAAGGAGGGCAUCCCCGGCACUCUGCAGGAUGUGUACUACAAGAAGAUAUUCAAGAUGCUCGACCCCGACAACAGCGGCUUUGUCGACUGGAGCGAGUUCAAAGCCAACUUCAAUCGGUUCUGGAGACACAAGAAGAGAUACCUCUCGGUGGGCGGGCGGUGGGUGCAGCACAGCAGGAAGGACAAGGGACAAGGGACAAGCAGGCCUGCAAUGUGCAUUCAGGAGGGCGGUGAGAUGGGUGAGCUCCAUCUACGUAUGGGGGCGGCGCUGCUGUUGACGAGCCGGAAUUGCGACAGCCAGAGCUGCGGGCGUUGUGGGACCACUACGACAAGGAUAAGUCUGGCGCACUGGUGAGCUGGGGCCGGCACCAACCCUUUCAAUGGGCCUGUCCUUCAUGUUUUCCGGCGUCCUGCCUUCAGAGCCGCACAGAGCUUCGUGUGCUGUUGGAAAAGAUCCGUGUGAGUGAUUUCUGUUGUCUCUGUGUGAGGGUGUCGAUGGAAUAUUCUGCCCUGCCCAUCCAUUUCUGCAGUAUCGCGACGGCGAGCGAGAGGCCUUGUCGGACAGCUUUCUCAAUGAGGUGUUCCGCAUGCUUGAUCCGGACAACUCGGGCGAGAUCACCUGGGAGGAAUUCAGCACACGAUUCAACGACUUCUGGACGAGACGAAAAAGACGGGUAGAGCGAAGAAGCGCACAGAUCGAUCCACGCGUAUUUUGCCACUUCUGUCAGUCGGGUGCUGAUGGUGUGAGCGCCGCCACGUCUGCGCCGAAGCUGACGGAUGAGGAGCUGCGUACACUGUGGGACCACUAUGAUACGGAUGGUUCCGGCUACCUGGUGAGACAACAAGGCAUGGGAUCAAUGGGGGAUCAUCCAUGAAUGUCAGCCCCUUCUUGUGGUCAGGAUCGUAACGAGAUUCGUGUGUUGCUGGAGAAAAUACGGGUACAGACAUGUCGGUGUCUCGCAUUCUUCUGCCUGUCUUUCCUUCUUUCUUUCUGACAGAUCCGUGACGGCGUACCCGACCCAUUGCCAGAGCCCUUCGUCCAGAUGGUAUUUCAGGAGCUCGAUCCUGACGGCUCCAAUCGCAUCGACUUCGACGAAUUUCGAGCCAAGUUCAAUGACUUCUGGGUGAGUACAGAUACAUACAUACAAGACGAUCCGUCUCUUCUCCCCAUACAUACUGGACCGAUCUUUUCUUGCUGUAGGUGCGUCGGUCUGGACGAUUCAUGGCCGCGACUCGUCCGUCGGCGACAGAGCUGAGGGUGAGGCAGGCCCGCAUCAUGAUUGGGGUGCCGCUCUCGCUUGAGGCUCUGCGGCUCGAUGAGAGGGCCGCUGGAGUGCGGCAGAGCCUCGAGAGCUGCCCUGGGCUCUUCUGGGGGCCAAAUGCGCCACCCUGGAAGGGCCCACUGCCGUGGUGA